AUGGCAAGUAUUUUUGAUAUAGAAGACAAUUGGUUCAAGAGAAAUAUUAGUGAAAUGAUCCAUAUUAAACGAAAUAAUACAGUGAAUCUAAGAACAGACACCAAUAACUUAAUUGCUGAUGAAGUCCUAAUAAAGGACGAAACAACUUACACCAUCUCAGCUUUAACUUUAUUCGACGCCACUGUCGUAAACGUUAUCAUCAAUCAGAAUAAAUUAUUCCACAUGGUCGCUGUUUUUCUCAGAGUAACCCUUCCCACGUAG